AUGGGCAUUCCCCUCAUCAACGCGGAGCUGCUCGCUCUGUUUCUUGAAACAUUUGCAUAUGCUAUCUUUGUCCUGCUUGACUGCGUCACGAUUCCGAUCCUUAUUUGGCGUCGCGCGGAGGUCGCACGAACAAGUAGGAUACUACUUCCUGUUGCAGUGUUGAUGUUGCUCAUCGCGACGGCGCACAUUGUCAUCGACUUCUAUAGAGCAUACGUCGCCUUCACCACGGGGCGGUUACAGCCUGGGGACACUUCGACCACCUUUUACGAGAAUCUGGCAGACCCUCUCUUUAUCACCAAGAGUGCCCUGUACUGGUUGCAGACAACGCUCGGAGACAGCGUCAUUAUCUGGCGUUGUUUCAUCGUCUUCGCGAAGCGUUGGUUGGUCGUGGUAUUUCCAGUGCUCCUCAUGGUUCCCGCCCUUGCACUUCCAUCCCUGGAACCCCCAUAUUUUUCACCGCUACACAGUGGAUCACAGCUUAUUUCGUCAUCACAAUGUGCAUUAACAUCUACUGCACAGGCGCGCUUUUCGUCCCUUUCAACGACAAUAUCUUCGACUGAUAUGCAUGAUCUCACAGGUCUGAUUGCCUGGAGGAUUUACAACACUGGAAGAUUUCGGCCAAGCGCUGGCAAUAUGAUGCCGAUUAUUGUCGUGCUCAUCGAAAGCGGGGCUCUCUACACGUCCAGUGUCAUAGCAAUGCUCUGUAGCUACCUCUCGGGCUCGAAUGGACAGUACCCGGCCUUAGAUUUGAUCACACCCCUCGUAGGUAUCGUGUUCUGCCUCAUCAUCCUGCAAAUUCGGUACCACUUCAACAUGCCGUCCUCGGCCUCGGCGUCAUCCAAUUAUCGUUCAGGCUCGAAUCGUACCGAAUGGGGGCAACAUGGCGACUCUGGAGCACCUAUAUACCCACUCAACCCGAUUGCCAUUGAGAUCACAACACAUAGGGAGCAAGCUGGAUCUAGUAUGGUCAUCCCGCAGUCGUCAACGAAAAAAGACAUCGAGGCGCGGUCUGAUUCGAUAUAA